UAUACACAAAAUGAUUUUCAGCAGAUAACAAAAUGAUUUUCAGCAGAGUAAUUAAUUUAUAAUAACAAUAUAAUUCUUCACUCAAGUGCGAGUAUUUACAACGCAAUCAUCAAUUUCGCAUUCAGUUUGACUGAAAUUGUGGAGAAUGGCGCAUCGUUUGAUCGUUUUGUUCAUUUUGUGUGGACAUCUUUUGUAUUCGGUGAAUUGUUCGACACCUUUUCAAAGUAGCGCCAAUGUUGCGCCAUUUGUCACCUAUCUUUGUGAUGACGAUUUAUUGAAGAGCGCGGUCAACAAGGUAGAGCUCUUGAGCCUCAAAUUAGAGAAUUAUAAUCUGCGCUUGCAAAGUGAAUUAAUGGCGAUGAAGGAGCAGCUUCUACGUGAAGUAAAGACGAAUCUGGAAUUAUUAGAUUCGAAAAUUACAGCGAAGUUGAAUGAAGAUAGGAAAAAAUUAGAAGCAGCGCCCCCUUCAAUCAAAAAGUCAUCUUCUUGUACCGAAGCGAUGCGUCAAGAAAACGGGAGAUAUGCAGAAAGUGGCAUUUAUGAACUUUAUCUGCCUGAAUACCUUCAUCACGCUUUCUUUGUUUAUUGCCUACGUGAUCCCAACGGCGGUGAACCGUGGACUAUAAUUCAACGUCGACAAAGCAACGACACCGACUUUUAUCGUGGGUGGUUCGAGUAUGAACACGGUUUCGGCGAUUUGAAUGCCAAUUUCUUUCUCGGCUUGGAUAAAAUACAUGCGUUGACACAUUCGCGAGCCCAUGAGCUUUGGUUUGAAUUAGAGGAUUUUCAAAAUGAGAAACGUGCUGCUAAGUACGAGAGUUUCGCCAUUGGUAGUGCUCAGGAUAAAUAUGAGUUAAUUGCGCUUGGGCAAUAUUCAGGCACCGCCGGUGACUCCUUCUCUACCCAUCGCGGGGAAAAAUUCACAACUAAAGAUAGUCAUAAUGACAAGAAUAGUGAUAACUGCGCAAUACUAUAUACCGGAGCUUGGUGGUAUCAAAAAUGUCAUGUCAGCAAUCUAAACGGUAGGUAUUUAGGAGGAGAAUUUCCGAAGGAUCAGUAUGCCAAAGGUGUGGUGUGGAAAGCGUGGCGAGGAUAUUAUUACUCGCUCAAAUAUGUACAUAUGGCUAUAAGGCCAAAGUAUUAUUAUUGAAAUGGUGGUUUGUAAACCAUACGUUCUAAAAAUUACUGACUUUAAAGUUCUGCGGGGCAAAUUUGAGCCAAACAGUAAAUUUAUUUAUGUAUUCCGGUAUAAAAACUAAAGCUUUGUUAAAUUUGCAUAUUGUGUUUAGCAACAAUAAUAAAAUAUACUUUAUAUUUUUAACAGAAA